AAGGUUAAUUAUGUAUACAUAUUUCCUUCUUCAUUUCUUAAACUGGAUAAUUACAUCAUAGACGCCAGAUUUUUUCUCGCACAACAUCAGUUUAUCUAAAUAAUAUGCAGAAGUCUUUCGACACUCCAUAUUCAAGGCAGUGUACAUAAAGUUUCAACUUGAUCACACAGUUUUAUAAUGCAGUGCAAUGGUAUUAAACUUAUCUCCAGAAUUUUCUUUCUUGCAGUCUUUUUUUAUAAGGUCUAUGCUGGCCACUCAACAUGGAAAGCGACCAAAGCGUUGUUUUCAAAAAUCGAUUUUGAUCAUAAGUUUAUAUCACUUGGCUGUUGGAAAGUUGAAAACCCAAUGCAAUAUUUUGAUGAUUUGGAGAAUUACCACGAUGAACUGGAUGGUCUCUACUGGCAAAGGCUCGACUCCAUUAAAAAAUGUGCUGCGGUGACAAUGAACAAAGGUUAUUCAAUAUUUGCAUUGAUCAACAAAGGUGAAUGUCUUGCAAGAAAGCAUAAAUAUCCUCUAUAUAAAACCUUUCGUCCGUCAAAGAAAUGCGUUAAUGGAGAAGGAGCUAUUGGUGCGAUGAAUGUCUACUCUUUGACAGGAGAGACGUUUACUGACAGUGAGGAUUUUGAAGAUGACAUCAUACUAACUAAAGCUCAGAAAGCUCUAAUUGUGAACCCGCACAGUAUUCUAUAUCACGAUAAUCGUAAUUUGCCAAUCUCAGUUGCUAUGGUGAUAUGGCCAAAUAAUAUCAUACCGUAUUAUGUUCCACCUAGUCUGUCUCAUACGAAGGUUGCAAAACGUUUCCUGGCGGGCAUGCGCCAGUGGCAAGAGAAAACUUGCGUCAAAUUUGUUCAGCGGAGAAAUCACAGAGACUGGGUACAAUUGUUCAGAGAACGUAACCCUCAAAGUCGACGAUGUGCAUCAAUGAUUGGCCGAAUCGGUCGUUAUCAGCCAAUCAGAGUGGGUGAUUUAUGCCCUCCUGGUAGCUUAAUUCAUGAAUGGGGUCAUGCGUUGGGUCUUUGGCAUGAACAGUCGCGCGAGGAUCGUGAUAAUUACGUCAAGAUCAUUUGGAAAAAUAUUUUACCUGGCAAAGAAGAUCAAUUUCGCAAGUAUCGACAUUUUUUGGCCAAUACUUCGUCAGUGAAAUAUGACUACAUGAGUAUAAUGCAUUAUGGGAAGGAUUACUUUGCAAAAUUGACGAAGAAUCGCACUGGAUAUUUAACUACAAUCGAGGCUUUGGAUAAAAACUAUGUGGAUAAAAUGGGACAACGAGAAAAUGUGACUGCAGCUGACGCAGCUAAAGUGAAUAUACUUUAUGGAUGUGCCGAUUUUCCUUACAUGUGGCGAACAAAAAAGUGGACGAAGUGCUCAACAGACUGUGGCUCCGGUUUUAAACAUCGUGAUAUUUUUUGCGCAAAGUCAGAUAUGAAACAAGUCAGUUCAAGUUUUUGUUCAAACUCCACAAAACCGCUUGGUAAACAGCCGUGUUAUGGACGAAAGUGUACUACGUGUCCAUCAGGAUGGUUUCAACACGAUAAAGCUUGUUACAAAGCUUACAAUGAACCUUUGUCGUGGUUUCAUGGAAGAAAAAUAUGUCUUGAUGGUGGAGCUGAUCUUUUGACAUUAAAAAGCAAAACAGAGGAACAUAAACUACGUAGUUAUCUUCAAAAGAAUGAUUUACAUUUAUAUUAUUACUGGCUAGGAGCGUAUUAUCACGGAGGAGAUGGAGAUUUUUUUUGGGUAGAUGAUAGCGCAAUGAAGUACAAAGAUUGGAAAGACGAUGAACCAAGAUGGAAUGUAAACUGUGCUUUGUUGAUACAUCGUAAAAAAUGGGGAACAGAUAAUUGUUUUGUGAAAAGACGAUAUAUUUGUAAGAAAGAAAUACUUUAGUUUACUGCCUCAA